UUAGGAUUAUCAAUAAUUCAGUUGGUAAGUUCGCAUAGAAUCCUACGUCUCUGUUCUACUUUCACUUCCAAACUCCAAAAGGGUCAUAAAAUUAUCUUCUUAAACUCCGAAGCAAACCAAAAAUCCUCAACCUUCCAAGAAGAACCAUGAAGAAAUCCUUACUUUUUGUGCUACUAUGCGCCGAGGUGUUUGCUAUCUCCUCCCUUUCUCUCGCCUCCACAGCCUAUCCCACCGUCCCCGGCACCGCCGACAUUGGUGUCUCAGUCGCUGACGGCGAUGAAGCUCUUAUCCCUACUCGCCGGGAGGUCUAUGACGGUGGCCGAAUCUUGGAUAUCAGCCACCGAUACACCACGGACAUGCCGGCGUUUGAAUCCGACGACGGAAUCGGACAGUUCCUCUGGCUUCCUAAGAGCAUGAAGAAUGGCUCGCUAGCAAAUAACUCCGAGAUGAAGCUGCCCACUCACACCGGCACGCAUGUUGACGCUCCUGGUCACGUUUUCGAUCACUAUUUUGAUGCUGGCUUCGACGUCGACACUCUUGAUCUCGAAGUACUUAAUGGUCUGGCUUUGCUCGUUGAUGUUCCAAGGGACAAGAAUAUAACUGCUGAAGUUAUGAAGUUCUUAAAUAUUCCCAAGGGGGUACGUCGUGUGCUUUUCAGAACAUUAAACACUGACAGGCGGCUUAUGUUUAGAAAGGAAUUUGACUCUAGCUAUGUGGGAUUUAUGAGGGAUGGAGCUAAAUGGUUGGUAGAGAACACCGACAUCAAACUUGUUGGAAUUGAUUACUUAUCUGUUGCUGCAUAUGAUGAUUUACUUCCCUCUCAUCUAGAAUUUCUUGAAGGCAGGGAAAUCAUUCUUGUGGAGGCCCUAAAACUUGAUAACAUCCAACCAGGGCUAUAUAAUGUCCACUGCUUACCUUUAAGGUUGCUUGGUGCAGAAGGCUCACCAAUAAGAUGCAUUCUCAUCAAAUGAUGCUUUUCCUUGAAACAAUGAUGACUCCAGGACUAUGUCGAGUCCGUACAACAGAAGGGCUAAUAUCAGAUUUCACAAACUGUACCAUCAGCUGCCUGGUGAAGAAAUGCUGCAAAAUUUGGACAUCAAUCUUGUUAUGUUUAUGUAUAUAGUGAUUACCAAUGACUUUAAUAUAUUAUCGGUGACUUAAUAACCUUAUUUUGAGUUUAUUAAAAAGCAAAAAAAGACCUUAUUUGACGUUCCCAUCA